AGCGAGUGGGAGGGAGGGAGGGAGGGAGGCCGGCGGGAGAUCCUGAGCUCCGCGCUUGACCCGGGUGAAAUCGAGGCCGAGGAUUCAGGGCUGUCGCUGCUUAUGGAGGCCGCCGGCGGGGAAGGGGAGCGGGAGGCCCUCACCUGCUUUUCCUAUAACCAGGACUGCACUUCCUUGGCCAUUGGAACCAAAACUGGAUACAGACUUUUUUCUCUGAGUUCUGUGGAACAGCUGGAUCAGGUCCAUGAAAGCAAUGAAAUGCCAGAUGUUUUCAUUGUGGAGCGCCUCUUCUCCAGCAGUCUGGUGGUGGUGGUGAGUCGGGCGAAGCCGCAGCAGAUGAACGUCUAUCAUUUCAAGAAAGGGACAGAAAUCUGCAACUACAGCUAUUCUAGCAAUAUCCUUUCCAUCCGGCUCAACCGUCAGAGACUGAUUGUUUGCUUGGAAGAAUCUAUUUAUAUUCAUAACAUUAAAGACAUGAAGCUUCUGAAAACAAUCCUGAACACCCCUCCUAACGCCACAGGUUUAUGUGCACUUUCUAUCAACCAUUCCAAUUCCUACGUGGCAUAUCCUGGCAGUCCUGUUGUCGGCGAGAUUGUGUUGUAUGAUGGCAAUCUUUUGAGAGAUGUUUGUUCUAUUUCUGCCCACGAAGGGCCCCUCGCGGCCUUGGCAUUCAACUCUACAGGGUCAAAACUAGCAAGUGCUUCUGAAAAGGGAACCGUCUUUCGUGUUUUUUCCAUCCCCGAAGGACAAAAGCUCUACGAAUUCAGGAGAGGAAUGAAGAGGUAUGUGAACAUCAGCUCCCUUGUGUUCAGUAUGGAUUCCCAGUUCUUGUGUGCAUCAAGUAACACGGAGACGGUGCAUAUUUUUAAGUUGGAGCAUCUCACUGACAGUCGGCCGGAAGAACCUCCCUCCUGGAGUGGCUACAUGGGCAAGAUGUUCAUGGCUGCCACCAACUAUCUCCCUUCUCAAGUAUCAGGCAUGAUGAGCCAAGACCGGGCCUUUGCUACUGUGCGCCUGAACUUCUCUGGACAAAGGAACAUCUGUGUGCUCUCGACGAUCCAAAAGUUGCCUCGGCUGUUAGUUACAACAUCUGGUGGACAUCUUUACAUUUACAACCUGGAUCCCCAAGAUGGCGGAGAAUGUGUUUUAAUCAAGAAGCACAGCUUGCUUGACUUGGUAAAGCCGGAAGAGAACAAAGAAAACGAUCUUCUGUCUCCAGUAACUCAAACAUAUGCUGCUACCGUAGCUAGGCAGACUUCAGUGCCUUCCCCUUCUAUGAUGCCAGGUUACUCGGAGGAUGGGGGAGCCCUUCGAGGAGAGAUAAUACCUGAGCAUGAAUUUGCUACUGGGCCAGUGUGUCUGGAUGAUGAAAAUGAAUUUCCACCCAUAAUCUUAUGCCGUGGAAGCCGGACGAACAAAGUGAAGCGAUCAUGAGGAGAGGCAAACAACACAACACACAGCGGCGGAUGGGAGGUAGUUUGGAAAAACAAGGGGGAAUGUAGAAGAACCCACAAAUGUGGGGCAAACCAGAGACGCUCCAGUGCUUUUCACACAGUAUGUUUCUCUUUUCCUAGUUGACGUUUAUCUGCCCCUCUUUUGUGUAUUUUCUUAAAAUGCUCUAUGGUUGGUAUCAAUGUACUGUAUAUGCACAUUGUUCUCAAGAACCACAAUAUAAAUGCAGCUAAUUGAAGCUCCAAUUUUAUACUCCAGCUAGCUCUUUUAUUUAUGUCAUGUAUAAAUGUACUUAUAAAAGAACCUACUGAUUUAUGUCCUUGUACAGUAUACGCAUGAUUAAUUUACCCAUGCAGAAUAUUUUUGCAAUUAUCUACUUGAAUAAAAGGAAAUCCCCAACUUUCAGAGUUGGAGGAAUGCUGAAAUAUUUGUCAAUAAAAUCAUCAUGAGGUUAACAGGAGCUGUGUCUCCACUCAUGUUCCUCCUUCUUACGUAACCUGGAAAAUAAAUGCAUACAUAACUCCCAUCAUACACUUCUCUUUCAGGGAAGCAAAGUGCAGCAAAGGGGUAAGAAAAACCUUGAUAUCAGUCCAGAUUUUGGAUGGAUAAACUGUGCACAUGUAAAUUCAUGGUAACCUUUUUUUUACUUAUUCUACACAGUGGCAGCCUAUUUCCCCAGCCUCAAUUAUUCUUUUCAGGGAAAAUCAGACCCAA